UAAAAAAAUGUAUUUUUGUAAACCAUGUUUUGAUUUAUUUCACCAAAUGGUUGUAAUUCUUGUUUUUGCCAGCAUGUGGUGCUGUUAUUACAAUGAGGUCUAGAAUUACCGGAAAUGGAAAAAACCUCUUGUUUAUGUAUUGUGGCACUCUGACUGGUGGAACGGAAGAGAAGGACAUUUUUGGAGCCAAGACCUGUUGAAAAGGAUGACUACGGCCACCUAAGCGGAGAAUCCAAGUGUUUGGUAAUUAAUGUCAAGCUAAAUUAUCUUCCGUGAACAAAGCUAAGGAGAGGAUGUUAAUGUUAUGUUUUUCUUUGUUUGUCCUCCUUUAGAAGUGCCACUGCCGUUUAUUAUACCUUUUGUUAAAGUUAAGUUUCUAUGUGAAACUAGUUGCUGCGUCGUGAGCCCGCCAUUUUCCCUGAAGCUGAGGCUUUACGUUGAUAGAAUGCAGGUCAUUUCUUUCGGCCUAUGUUGAUCCUCAUUCUUUCAUUUGUUUCUUUGCAACUCAGAGAGAAAAGUGUUCUUUUUCAUCUAAAAAAAUAAAGGACCCAUUUUAUUUGAAGCUCCGUGUGCUGCAUUAUUCCCGGCUUCAAAUAUUGGUACCAGGAGUGGGGUCUCGCUUGUUUUAUUUUUCCUCUCUGUGAGGGCAUGUGCAUGGCGGUGCAGCGUUAGCUUUGUUAUACGGCAGUGGUGAAGAAGUGGCCUAAACCUGAGUGGACUUGGGUAUCGUGUCUUUGUGGCGGCAUCUGUUUCGAGAUCGGAGGAGGAGUUGCUGGACAGUUGGUGCUCGCGUGGUUGUGAGGGAUUUCAGCCGAGGUGAUCAUCAGACCAGAACGCAUCCCAGGCGGGAGAGAGCAUCGCCCUGCAGCGGUCUCGGAGCAGCCCAGGAACAUCCGGUGGACUCGGGACUUCGACCAACUUAUCCUUUGCUAUUUAAAUUUAUUUUGACUGUUCUGUGAACUGACUGAUUUAAAAAAAAAAAAAAAAAAAUUGAACAUGUCUAACCAAGAUGAAAACUUUGUGAUGGAUGAACAGUUAGUGCAUAAUGAUGAGGAUAAUGAACAAGAUGGUGGACAGAACAAUGAACAAAAUGACACUGAACAAGCUGGGGUAUUACAACAAUUAAGUGAGUUAGCCAGAAGACAAGAAGAAGUCAUGACAGUCAUAUCAUCACUAAAUACUGAGCCUACCAGAUCUUAUGUCUAUGUACCCAGAGAAAGGCACAUUUCACCAUUUAGUGGAGACAUUGACAAAGAUGGGAGGAGUGUAGAUGAGUUUAUUGAAGAAGUAGAAAGGGUAAUUUCUGCUAGAAAUCAAUCUGCACCUGAACAGUUUGAUUUUGUGCUGUCACUGUUAAGAGGCUCAGCUCUGGAAGAAGUGCGUUUACGCAAAGCUGAUGGUGAUGUUGUAAAAGACCUGUUUGUUUACCUAACAGAUGCGUUUGGAGAUAAACGUAGUGCUUCCCAACUUUUACAAAAUUUCUACAACUGUAAACAGAAGGAAGGUGAAGACAUACGUGACUUUUCAUAUUCAUUAUCUCAGGCCUUUAGUUUUGUACGGAAUCAGCAUCCUAAUUCCGUGGCUAAUGAAAACACAGUGUUGAGAGACCAGUUCAUUGAGGGCAUCAGAGACCUCUCACUGAGACGAGAACUCCGAAAAUAUGUAAGAGGAAAACCCGCAUCGACUUUUAUAGAGGUGCGUGAGGAAGCUUACUUGUGGUCCUUAGACCAAGCCCCUACCAUAAAAAUGGCUAGGAGUAAAGUGAAGACCUGCAGUAAUGUUACAGCAGAAGCACAGUGCUGUGCAGUUAAGGAGACAGGAAAUCCAAUGUACCUGGAAGAUGUGAUGAAAACUCUUAAAGAGCAAGACAAAAUCACUACUCCCACUAGACCUAAUGAGAAGUCGGUCUCAAUUGAUGACGUUCUUAAAGUGCUCACUGAGCAAGGGAAAGUGAUAACAGAACUCACUAAAGCUGUGAAAGAGUUGACAAUUCAGAGCAAAGACCCUAGUAGCCAGACACCAUAUAAGAUCAAAACGGUUCCAAGAUUUACCCCUGAUGGUAAGCCAAUAUGCUUCAAGUGCCAAACUGCUGGUCAUGUUGCCAAACAAUGUCCCCAGAAAAGACACAAAAACUCUGAUGAAUCCCCUGUUUCUGGUCAGUCGGGAAACGAGAGACCCUGGUUGCAAUGA